GGCACGGCCCCAUUCCGCGUCUGCCCCGCUACAUAAAGCGCCGCGUCGCUCCCUUCCCAACCCUAGCCGCGCCUCUUCUUCGUUUCCUCCCCGCGCCGCCGCCGCCGCCGCCUCUCGCUGCCGCCGUCGCCAUGGGCCGAAGACCUGCGAGGUGCUACCGCCAGAUCAAGAACAAGCCGUACCCCAAGUCGAGGUACUGCCGUGGUGUACCUGACCCCAAGAUUAGGAUCUAUGAUGUUGGAAUGAAGAGGAAGGGAGUUGAUGAGUUCCCGUACUGUGUGCACCUCGUCUCUUGGGAGAAGGAGAAUGUCUCCAGUGAGGCUCUUGAGGCUGCCCGUAUCGCUUGCAACAAGUACAUGACCAAGUCUGCAGGAAAGGAUGCCUUCCACCUCAGGGUCCGGGUUCACCCGUUCCAUGUGCUCCGUAUCAACAAGAUGCUUUCAUGCGCCGGGGCUGAUAGGCUCCAGACUGGAAUGAGGGGUGCCUUUGGCAAGCCCCAGGGUACCUGUGCUAGGGUGGACAUUGGCCAGGUCCUCCUUUCUGUGCGCUGCAAGGACAGCAAUGCUGCCCAUGCCAGCGAGGCUCUGCGUCGUGCCAAGUUCAAGUUCCCUGGCCGCCAAAAGAUCAUUGAGAGCAGAAAGUGGGGUUUCACCAAGUUCAGCCGUGCUGAUUACCUGAAGUACAAGAGUGAGGGUAGAAUUAUGCCUGAUGGUGUCAACGCCAAGCUGCUUGGUAACCAUGGCCGACUUGAGAAGCGCGCUCCUGGGAAGGCUUUCCUUGAGGCUGUCGCAUAAGUUGCCUAGACUUCUACAGCGGGAAUGCGAUUCCAGAUGUUUUGCUUUAGCCUAUCUUAUUUUGCUUUGUGGAACAUGAAUUCCAAGUGUUUAUGUGGUAUUACUGUGCCUUGUCUGAACCUACCUAUCUUGUUGAACAUCGUUAUGCAUGGAAUUAUAUGUCACCUGCCUCAUGGAAUUUUAUCUCA